AUGGAUGUCAAGAACUCCUUCCUUCAAGGAGAACUAGAUGAGGAAGUCUACAUGACCCCACCACCGGGUCUUGAACACAUUGUCAAGCCAGGAAAGGUUCUCAAGUUAAGAAAGGUGAUCUACGGCUUGAAGCAGACACCGAGAGCGUGGUAUAGGAAGCUAAGCAAAACUCUACUUGAUCGAGGCUUCAAGAGGUCAGAAGCCGACCAUACUCUCUUUACCCUACAACGCAAGGAAGGUAUAGUGUUCAUUCUCAUUUACGUCGAUGAUAUGAUCAUCUCUGGGAAUGACAAGGUAGGUAUUCAAGAAACUAAAUCAUACUUACAAUCUGUUUUUGAGAUGAAAGAUUUGGAUACACUAAAGUAUUUCCUUGGGAUUGAAGUUUGUAGAGCCAAGGAAGGUCUCUUCAUUUCCCAAAGGAAGUACAUACUUGAUCUCUCGAAUGAAACAGGGAAAAUGGAUGCUAAGCCGGCUAAGACGCCAUUGGAAGAUGCUUACAAAGUACAUCAAGGAGAGACUGAAGAUGAUGAGCCGUUCCACGAUCCCAAACUGUAUCGCCGAAUCGUUGGUGAGCUCAUCUACUUAACACUUACUAGACCUGACCUCUGCUUUUCUGUGAACCAGAUUAGCCAACAUAUGCAAGUCCCAAAGAAGUAUCAAUGGGAGAUGGUGGAUCGGAUUCUGAGAUAUCUCAAAGGCACAACCAGUCAAGGCAUUUGGAUGGGGUACAAUGGGAGUUCGGAUCUAGUUGGAUAUUGUGAUGCGAUUUGGGCCAGUGAUCGUGAAGACAGGAGGUCCACAACCGGCUACUGCACGUUCAUUGGAGGCAACUUGGUGACUUGGAAUAGCAAGAAACAAUAG